UGGAGAGCAUCACCAAGAGCAACAAGAAGAGAAAGUGGCAUCACCAAAAUAUUCAUCUCAGGAUCAGAUGCAGGACUUAGAUGCUAAGAAACACCUUGAAAUAUCUCUGCAGAAUGAUCUGAAUGAAGAACAUAACUAAGAGCAACAAGAAGAGAAAGUGGCAUCACAAAAAGAUUCAUCUGAAGGUAUUAGUGAUGGAAAACCUCAAGAUCAAUUCUGCAUGUUGGAUGUGGAAGGUGCAAGUGAAUCUCAGUCCCAUGUUGGUUAUGGAUCAGUUAAUCUGGAUAUCACCCCAGUGGUUUCUGUUGACGCGAUGGAUUCCACAAGUAACUUUUCCGAUAAAAUGGACGUGGAAUUGGAAUCGGAGGUCAUUGACAUUCCUAUUGAGGUUGAUAAACUCAAUAUGACUGCAUUUAAAGAACUUCCUGUGGGAGUUAUUGAUGAAGAUACCACCGAAGAUUCUGCAAGGGAAAGGUUAGAUUCUGAAAUGCUUAUGAAGGAGCUUCCGGUGGGAGUACUCGAUGAUGAAGACGCUGCCACAUCUGAAGAGACUAAUACUGCUGAAAAAGAGGUAUUUAUUAAAGAACUGCUUGAUGAGAAUGCAGAGAAAUCUGAAGCAGAGAGAACUGACUAUAAAGAAAAAGAUACUGAACUAGAGCAGCCACUGGUUGAAGAAAAUGAAGGGGUGCAGUCUAGUGAGGAAUCAGAUGGUGGGUAA